AAUUGGAAGAAUGUGCAGAACCGGUUGAGGUAUUACAAGCGCGAAUAUAUUAUUGGGAGGAACAUGCUGGCGGCUAGUGGGUUUGAAUGGAAUAAUGAACGCAUGGUGGUUACGGCCCCGGAUGAAGUCUGGGAGGAAUAUCUGAAGUCUCACCCGCAUGCUACACAUCUCCGCGACAAAAGAAUUGAUAGAAUGGAUGACCUUGCGGUUAUCGUCAAGUCCGAUCAAGCAAUGGGACGAUAUGUGCAGGGAAGUACGACUAUGGUCACGUCAUCCUCUCGGAUUCAGCAUGAUCUCAACGAGGCUUGGAGAGACGCUGAAGAUGAUUUUGGGGAUACCAUUGACCUCUCUGAGGACCACGUAGCGGACUCAUCAGGCAAGAAUGUUUCAUCAGAGACUCCAUCGAUGGAAAGACGCGGAACCCGUGGCACUCCUACUCGGACUCCUGAUUCUGAUAGUAGCCGAGGUGGUUCCGCAUCAAAGAAACGUAUGCGGCCUCCUCGUCCCUACGAUGUACUCAGGACCUUUCUUAAUACUGUUGCAGAAGUUAUGCGUGAUUUUAGCCUAGGCAAAAAGGUCAAUCGAACUAGUAAGGUACUUGAUGUACUUGAAGAGGUGCAAGGGUUGACCAACUCAGAGUUUAUCAAAGUUGGUCAGCUGUUGAGCAAGGACAAGAAGCUGACAUCAUUCUUUGUCAGUCUCUGACUCGAGAGGCGUGUCAAGUGGUUAAAGAGAACACUCUGCAAGAACUUUAGUGAUGCAGGAAUUGGGUCGGUCUGACAUGUUGUUACCCAUCGUUCUAAUGAUCUGUUAUUUUGUGAGAAUGAAAUAACUUUUUUAUACGCUGGUGACUGUUUUACCUUUUUUUUUUUCCAUAUGAAUAUUUUGGAUUGAGACAAUUGCUAUAUAGUGUAUACCAAUUUAAAGGGUGUGAGAAGACUUUAUUUUAAUGCGUUAAUAUAGUUUAUAAAUAUGCUUCCACAUGCUUGUUACUGAGCACAUUAACACAGAUAAAGCCACACACAUCGUAUGGACAAAGGGUAUGUACUAUUAGUUAUUUGAAAUUCAAAUCUUUCACUUGAAGAUUUUUUUUUUUGUCAUGGGACAAUUUUUCGUAAUUAGUAAACGUACAUUUUGACCUGCCGCACCAAUCUCAUGCCAAU